UGCACUCCUCUGGAUCAACCACUUUCCCUCUGGUUCAGAUGAAUGCUAUCUUUAAUUAAUUGAGUACAUAGUGGAAGGAGAGGUGGCAGAGACAAAAAGGCUGUAACUACACCAUUACAAUACAAACCGAAUCUGCUGGGCUUACUAAAAACAAGCAGUGCGGAGGUGCUUAAUAAGCCUUUUUAAGGUUAAUGUUUAGCUUUGAAAGAAGACAGGGGAGCAAAGAUGCAGGGAAUGGAUUUUGAGGAUAAGAAGUCCAAGAGGUAUUGCAUGAAGAAAAAGCAUGUGGCCAUCAUCUGUGCAGUAGUGGCUGCGGUAGGUUUAGCUGUGGGACUUGGCGUGGGAUUAAGCAGACCUGAGCCUUGCCAACCUUCCGGAGGCACAGAACAGCCAGCAACCACUACUCCUGGGACAGUGGAGACACGCCACUGCCCUCCCAAAAAUGAUGCAAAUGGAGACUGGACAGAUUUCAGGCUACCCACUUACAUUAACCCAGAACACUAUGAGCUGGAAGUGAAGCCUGUGAUGGAUGCAGAUAUCUACACAGGGACAGUCAACAUCUCCAUCAAGUUGGGGAAACCUACCAAGUACUUGUGGCUUCACCUCCGAGAGACCAAGAUCACAGAGCUGCCCAUGCUCUGGAAAUCCUCAGGGCAGCAGAUUGCACUGAUCGAAUGUUUUGAAUAUGAACAACACGAAUAUGUGGUGAUGGAGGCAAAAGAGAUGCUCUCUGCUACUACUGCAAAUGACAACUAUAUACUAACCCUGAAGUUCCAAGGCUGGCUGAAUGGCUCCCUCGUUGGAUUUUAUAGAACCACCUACACUGAGAAGGGAGUGACCAAGAGCAUAGCAGCUACUGAUCAUGAGCCAACAGAUGCACGGAAGUCGUUUCCUUGCUUUGAUGAGCCCAACAAAAAGGCAACUUACACCAUAUCAAUCAUCCAUAAAGAACCAUUCAAAGCACUCGCAAACAUGCCCGUAGAGCAAACGGUUCAAGUGGGUGAUGGCUGGAACAGGACAACUUUUCAGAAAUCUGUCCCAAUGAGCACAUAUUUGGUGUGCUUUGCUGUGCACCAGUUUGAAUGGGUAGAAAGAAAGUCUGCCAGUGGAAUUCCUCUCAGGAUAUAUGCACAGCCACAGCAAAUACACACAGCAGAAUAUGCAGCAAAUGUUACUAAAGUUGUAUUUGACUACUUUGAGCAGUAUUUCGAUAUGAACUACUCUCUUCCAAAAUUAGAUAAAAUAGCUAUUCCAGAUUUUGGUACCGGUGCUAUGGAAAACUGGGGUCUGAUCACUUACAGAGAAACAAACCUACUUUACGAUCCCAAAGAAUCUGCUUCGUCCAACAAACAGAGAGUGGCAGCUGUGAUUGCCCAUGAGCUCGUUCACCAGUGGUUUGGAAACAUUGUGACCAUGGACUGGUGGGACGACUUGUGGCUAAAUGAAGGAUUUGCCAGUUACUUUGAGUUCCUGGGAGUAAAUGCUGCAGAAACUAAUUGGCAAAUGGGAGCAUCAAUUCUCAGAAUGCUUCAAGAUUGGAUUACACCAGCAAAUUUUCAAAAAGGAUGUCAGGAGUACCUAAAGAAAUACCAAUUCCAGAAUGCAAAGACAGAUGAUUUCUGGGAAUCCCUGGCACAGGCAAGUGGUAAGCCAGUGAAGGAAGUGAUGGACACCUGGACCAGGCAGAUGGGAUACCCUGUAUUGAGUGUGGCAGCUAAUUCGAAGGUCACACAGAGACGUUUUCUGUUGGACCCCUCAGCAAAUUCUUCUGAACCGACCUCUGCACUAGGUUACACAUGGAAUAUCCCAGUGAAAUGGCGUGCUGGGACCGAAACAAAUGUUACAUUCUACAAUAAGUCAGUAUCUGCAGCCACAGGAAUUACUGUAACACCCAGCAACCCUGAUUCUUUACUGAAAAUAAAUCCAGACCACAUUGGAUUUUAUCGUGUAAAUUAUGAAACACAAACUUGGAACAACAUAAGCAGAUUAUUGGCUAUCAACCAUACGUCUUUUUCUUCUGCUGAUCGUGCCGGGCUUCUGGAUGAUGUGUUUUCUUUGGCAAGGGCUGAACUUUUGAAUUAUGCUGUUCCACUGAAUCUAACAAAAUAUCUACCAAAUGAAGAGGAUUAUUUACCUUGGCAUAGAGUUAUAUCAGCUGUAUCUUACCUCAGAGACAUGCUUGGAGAUGAUAUAGAGCUCUACCCCAGGUUUAAGACAUACUUUCGCAGUCUGGUUAAACCCAUUGCAAAUAAGCUGGGUUGGAACGAUGAUGAAACUGGAAGCCAUGUGAUGAGGCUUCUUCGUGCAGAUGUUUUAGGAUUUGCAUGCAGCAUGGACGACCAGGAUGCUUUGAACAAUGCAUCUAGCUUAUUUUAUUCCUGGUUAAAUGGAGCAAGUCCAUCUGUAAAUCUCCGGCUCUUGGUAUAUCGCUAUGGGAUGCAGAACUCCGGCAAUGAGACAUCAUGGAACUAUAUGUUUCAGAAAUACCAAAGUACUUCAUUAGCUCAAGAAAAAGAAAAGCUGCUCUAUGGUCUGGCAUCAGUGAAGAACAUCACCCUUUUGGACAGGUAUCUAAAAUAUAUUUACAACACCAGUCUUAUUAAAAGUCAGGAUGUGUUCACUGUCCUGAGAUACAUCUCCUAUAACAGCUAUGGCAAAACCAUGGCUUGGGACUGGAUACGGCUCAACUGGGAAUACUUAGUCAGCAGAUACACAAUCAAUGAUAGAAAUCUUGGUCGAAUAGUAUCAAUAACCCAAACAUUCAACACUGACCUUCAGCUUUGGCAGAUGGAAAAUUUCUUUGAAAAAUACCCUAAUGCUGGAGCAGGAAAAGCACCCAGGAAACAGGCUCUCGAAACAGUAAAGAAUAAUAUUGAAUGGCUAAAACAAAACAAGGGAGAGAUAGAAGCAUGGCUAACAACUUAAUGUUUUACUUCAAAGUUGCAAAGAAUUAAAAAUAUAUUGUCUUAAUUUUAUGCACUUACUGUUUCUUACAUGAACAUUUGGGAAUCCAUUUACAAAUGCUGUCUCUGAAUCCUACAAACAUUUAUGCACUUGAAUAACUUUACUCAUGUAAAAUAAAUAAGACUACCUGUAAGAGUAAAGUUACUCAUGUUAUAAAAAAAUUGCAGGAUUGGGCUCCUGUUUGUACUUCCCACCUACUGCUUU